CAUUCUGGGAAAGGGUGGGUACGGCGGCCUUGAGAGUCUGUGUGCGAUAGACUGUCGUUACUUUUGCUUUUUAGUAUUUCCGUUAUACCAGCACCAAGAUUCGAGAGGUUGAGUAAUUUCGUGUCAUGAUGCCCACGUACGCGCUGUCCUAGUUGCAGGGCAAAUGUACCCAGAUCAAGGUGAUACACAAAAAACCCGCCCGCGCCCCCCGCAGCAGGAGGUGGAGGAGGAGGUCUCCUAUCCGGAGUGGAUUAGCAAGAGCUACGUGGAACUCAUGAGUCUAAACGAGCACUCGAUGCAGGCGCUGUCCUGGAGGAAGCUCUACUUGAGCCGGGCCAAGCUCAAAGCCUCCAGCCGGACAUCUGCGCUGCUGUCUGGCUUCGCCAUGGUUGCAAUGGUGGAAGUUCAGCUAGAUGGAGAAUAUGCCUAUCCAACCGGUCUGUUGAUUGCCUUUAGUGCAUGCACAACGGUGUUGGUCGCUGUUCAUCUCUUCGCGCUCAUGAUAAGCACGUGUAUUCUUCCCCAUAUCGAAGCUGUUAGCAAUGUCCAUAAUCUCAACUCUGUCAAAGAAUCCCCACAUGAGCGGAUGCAUCGGCAUAUUGAACUAGCCUGGGCCUUCUCCACAGUCAUUGGCACUCUCCUGUUCCUGGCAGAGGUUGUAUUGCUGUGUUGGGUAAAAUUUCUCCCAGUGAACAGUCCAAAAUCCUCUGUAAACGAUUCUUCCAUCAGCCCAGGAAAGGCAGCUGCGAUUGCAUCAACGUCCAUCAUGGUCCCAUUUGGAGUAAUUUUUAUCAUUUUUACUGUUCAUUUCUACAGAUCAUUAGUUAGCCAUAAAACAGACCGGCAGCUGAAGGAUUUAACUGAACUUUCAGAGCUUGCUCAACUUCAGAAUCAGUUAGACCAUAGAGGAGACUCUGGACAAUAUCAUCCUGGUCAUUAUGCAUAAAUAUUAAAGUGCCAUAAAACAUGUUGAGAUAUGUGCAUAUCCUAAAAGGGCUAAUUAAGUUAAAAUAGUUUGCAUUAAAAAAAUGUUUAAAAAUUGCUGACAAGUAUUUUAAAAUAAUUUUCAAAAUCGGUUACAUAGCCAUGCUGUCUGCAGUAGUCUGAUCCACCACCCCUUAUCAGUGUUUAGCUUCAGUAACACAGGCAUCAUAUUUCAACUGAGUUCACAGCAGCUUAGUUGCUUCUAGGUAUGCUACAGCAGAUGAGUGUUAAAGUCUUGUAUUCUACCACACAAAGGUGGAUAUAGAUACAGCCAUAAAAGGAAUUGUGUGGGGGGAGUUAGAGCUGUACAAUUCUGUAACUUAAAAGAAAGGUUAAUGGCGAGGCACUGCAGUAUAAAUUUGCAGGUAAAGUAAUUAAAGUACAUAUUAUUAUAAUUUGUCGCUAUCCCAACGUGUUUUAUGUCCUUUAAUAUACCUUUUAAAGGGGUUAAUGUAUGUUUUGUUAUAUUGAAUACAGUUCAUAAACUGUCGGAUUGACGUUUCCGUACUGUGUAGUUCCUUUUGAAAUACAACAUGCACUGUUACCACUGUAAAAUAUUAAGCAGAUUGUAAUACUAGGGAUUUUGCUACUGGCCCUCAGCAUGCUGCGUUGUGUCUAAAGGAGAAAGUAUCUUUCUAUACUUCCAGUCCACCAAAGAGUCUGCUCUUUACUAAAGAACGUACCCCUAUAAAGGUGCUUGCCAAGGCUUACACUGUAUGUGCCAAACUUCAGUUUAGAAAAGACAAGUCGUGGACCAAUCUUGAAGUAGACAGAAGUCUGGAAAUGAGUACUCAAUAUUCAAGCACAUGCAGCUAAUUUUUAUGUAGCCACACAAAGUAUAAUCCUGCUUCUGUAAUGUUUGCCUCUUCCAUAAGGGCAAGCAAUUUAUUGUUUUGCAUGUCACUGCAGGUCAGACUUUUAAGUAGCAUGCAAAGGAUUUAAGUGUAAUUCAAAUGCAUGCAUCACUUACCUUUUUGAUUCACUGGAUUGCUUUUGAGUUUUAAAUAUUAGUGUGUGUGUGUUUGUGUAUAUAUGUGCAUAAAGAAGUGUUUAUUUUCUCAGCUUUUGUAAAUCACACAUUUUUAUAGAUCUUUUUCAUUUGGAACGUCAACCUUAUUGCUGCAAGUGCCUUCAGUGCAUCAUUUUAGUGCACUGAUAGUUUUGCCAUUACAAAAUAUUUUAUAAGUACCAAAUUUGUAUCGAUUUUCAGUGUAUAAAAUACCAAUUUACAAUAUUACCAUGCUCUUUUCACAUAGCAAAGACAACAAAUAUGUGUUAGUAGAAAUGGUUCAAGGGAUACAGUUAAUAUUUAAGUGAGCAUCAUAGUUAAAACAAAACCUUGUUUGUGAGAUAUAUAUAUAUAUAAAAAGAAAGAAAAUAAUUAAAUCAUGGAUUUAAAAAAGAUGUAAAAAAAGGGUUCUGUAGAGGAUACCCAAAGUAAAUUCAAAACCUUCAGGAUAUUAUAUUUAGUUCCAAGCAUGUGGAUCUAUUAUAUCAGUUAGUCUAAACAUAAUCUUCAAUAGGCAGCACGUAUCCUAAUGUUUCUUUAAAAAAAAAAGUGGAGCAAAUUAUUUCUCUGUAAACCAUAAACAGAGUCCAGUAAAAUGCCCACUCACAAAAGUUGCAGUACUCCUUUAUGCUGACAGACAGGUGUUCUCACAAUUUGUUCCCCAGCAGUGAAACUGGUCAGUAGCUCAAUAAAAGACUUAUAGGGACAGUCCAGUCAAAAUAAAACUUUCAUGAUUCAGAUAGGGCAUUCCAUUUUUAAACAACUUUCCAAUUAACUUUUAUCAUCCCAUUUGAUUUGUUCUCUUGGUUUUCCUUGUUGAAAGCUGAACCUAGGCAGACUCAUAUGCCAAUUUCUAAGCCUUUGAAGGCCACUUCUUAUCUCAGUGCAUUUUGACAGUUUUCACAGCUAGUCCGUACUAGUUUGUUUGUGCCAUAUUGAAACUCUGUGCUUACUCAUGUGGAUUUAACUAUGAGUCAGCCCUGAUUGGCUAAAAUACAAGUCUGUCAAAAGAACUUAAAUAUGGGGGUACUCUGCAGAGGCUUAGAUACAAGGCAACCACAGAGAGGUAACAAGUAUAGUAAUAUAAUGCAAAACUAGGGAAUAGGUAAUAAAGGGAUUAUCUAUCUUUUUAAACUAUUACAAUUCUGGAGUAGACUGUCCCUUUAAAGUAAAACCUGUAAAUUUAUUAAAACAAAUCCAGAGGUGCUUUACACAACUAUUACCCUCCUAAUUAAAUGAGUUUCUCAGUUAACCAGAGACAUUUCUUUAGGCUUCUGAAAUCAGUAGAACACACCUGAAUACACUGCUUUAGUACCUCAUUUAGGUCCUCCCGAUUGUCUCUUUAGAUGCUGUUAAAUCGUGUUGCAUAUACUUUAGACCUGCUAGAUAACCCCCUACAUAGUCCUCCUGUCAGAUGUGCUUCUUAAGACUCCCCCUUUUCCUGUUUGGUCAACUAGCAAUAUGUCCAUAGGUAUCAUGCACUCUUUCUACCCAGAAGCUUGCUCGGCCAAUAGUGUACAUGCAUGGAAGUAAAAUCAAUGCAGAAUUUUUGUUUUGCUAAACUUGUAGAUUUUACAUUUUUUACUAGUGACAACAUUUUUAAAUGGGAGUACUUUUAAAAUGAGCACUUUUUCAUUAUUUGAUGGGUAUAUGAUUUUUCUGGUUGGCACCUUCUUUAUAAAACUUCUUCCUGUCUCCUGGGCAGCUUCAAAUGUAUCUGUGAACAUUAAUCAAUUACCUCCAAACCAAAAGCAGACAUCUUUGUACAUUGCCUUAUCUGAAGCAUCUGGGAGAUCAGGAAAAGAAAACUAUGCUUUUUUUUGGGGGGGGGGCACUAUAAUGCUCACUUUAAAAGACUGUCCAAAUAUUUUAUUAUUCCCCUUUUUCUUUAAUUAUAGUCAAACUCCACAAUAUUUUAUUGUUUGCUAUGACGGUUUGGGUGUUUUGCUCAAAAAAGGUCUUAACCAUACUUGAUGUGCUUUUUUAUUAAGCAGAAAAUUUACUAAAAACUGUGAGGUGCAUAGAACUGUUUCAAUAAAUACCCAACAUUAACCGUCUUCUCCUGAUUUUAUAAUGACUCUGUUUUGUAUUGUCUAACUUAAAAAACAACGUUUUUGAUUAACAAAGGGAACAUGUCUGUAUAUUUUAAUGUGACCCCUUUACUGAUGGAUUCUAGUAAGAUCUUCUAACAAUCAUUCUGUUUUGCAGGUAUAUAUUGAUGCAAUGUGUGUUUGAGAUUUUGUUUUGUUUGUUUAUUUGUUUUUUUGUGCACUUUGUCUAAACCCUUGUAAUAACUUAACUAUUUUGCAAAAUGCUAUGAUCUGACUGUCCCCCCCCCCCCCCCAAAAAAAAAAAAUCUUAUUUGUUUUAAAACCUGUAUAAUAUAAUAAAUGGUAUCCCCUGCAUUUGGAGGGGUUUCCUUUAAAAGUAUAUGUUAAAGGGACAUAAUACUCAUAUGCUAAAUCACUUGAAACUGAUGCAGUAUAACUGUUAAAGCUGACAGGAAAAUAUCACCUGAGCAUCUCUAUGUAAAAAAGGAAGAUAUUUUACCUCACAAUCUCCUCAGCUCAGCAGAGUAAGUUCUGUGUAAGAAGUUAUACUUCACCUGCUCCCAACUGCAGGUAAAAAAAAAUGAAGAAAUGAACAGCAGCCAAUCAGCAUCAGCAGUGCUAAGGUCAUGAACUCUUUUACUGUAAUCUCAUGAGAUUUGAUUAAAUUUGUUCCUAAUGAUCACGUGACCACUAUUGAGGACGUUUUUCCACAGGCCCCUUAGCUGAAAUCAAUUGAAGAGUUUUUGCCGCCUGCAUUUAUAGCACAGCACUGUAAUACUGUGUACAGCACAUGAUUAGUUUGUAAACUGUAAAAGAGCCGUAAUAAUUUUUAAUGCUGGUCUUUUUUUUAAAUUGAACCUAACAGGAAGUAAAUGUCCUAAUAUUAUAUAACACAUUAUAUAUUAAGAUAUAAUAUUACAAUAUUAAUGUAAUUUUGAGAGAGUCCUGGAACCAAACUCAUUUACUUCCCAUUGAAAUUAUAUAAUUGGAUUAGUUUUGCACAGGUUUUUUUGUUUUUUUUUAAUACAACUAUUCCUUCAAGAACAGAACCCUGAUGUGAAGUGUGUACCUAGGGCUAUCUGUACAUGAUUUAAUCAAGUCAAGGAGAUUUUAAAUAUUUUGUAGAGGAUUGUAUUCGUUCACUUUUUUUUUUUUUUUAUCUCUCUCUGUUUAAAGCUUGGCAUCGUUGUUAGAGCUUGGUUGCAUUCUGCAAAGACUUAUUAGAGGGAGUAAAUGUACUCUGCAUUAAAAUCUUGUCUGAGUAAGCCUUUAAGUGGCUUAAACUGAAGUAUGCAACAUUUUUAAUUUGCUAAAUAUUUGACAUAAUUCUAUUUAUUAAAGCAGAAUAAAGUUUCUAAAUUAAACUUGUUUUCCCUGAGUGCAUGCCACAUUUUGAACACCUCCACUCAUCCAACAAACUAUAAUUUGAUUGUGUCCGAGCAGACAGUCACAGGAUGUCCAACCCAAAUGAUUAAAGUGAUCGUAAAUCCUAGCGUUUCUGAAACGCUAGGAUUUACCAAUGCAACAAAUAAAGGGGACUUUAAGUCAUUAAGUAUAUAAUACUUCAUGCUGGAAGUUUCUUUGUCUGUAGCGUUCACCAAACAGAGUGCCUCAGGCAGCCCACGGCAGAACUCUUUAUCACUGAGUUGAUUUUAGCCAAUAGCGUGCUAGCUAUCCAGCAUAAUGCCAGUGGGCGGUGAACGCUGCAGACAAAUAAAGGAACUUUCAGCAUAGAAACAUAGAUAUUGACGGCAGAUAAGAGCCAUAGGCCCAGCAAGUCUGCCCGACCUUACCUAACAGUAUAAACUUAUCUAGUUUGUAGGAUAGCCCUAUGCUUGUCCCAUGCAUUUUUAAAGUCCCCCACAGUGUUUGUUGCUCUACCUCUUGAGGAAGUUUAUUCCAUAAAUCAAUCACUCUUUCUGUAAAGAAGUGCUUCCUCAAAUUACUCCUGAAUCUACUACCCUUUAGCUUGAGCUCAUGACCCCUUGUUCUUGAAUUUUCCAUUUUAUGUAAAAUACCCACAGCCUCAGUUUUACUAAACCCUUUAAUGUACUUGAAAGUUGCUAUCAUAUCACCUCUUUCCCUUCUCUCCUCUAAGCUAUACAUAUUUAGGUCAUUGAGCCUAUCCUGGUAAGUUUUAUUUUUUAGACCAUGUACCAUUUUGGUAGCCCUCCUUUGCACAGAUUCAAGUUUGUUAAUAUCCUUCUGAAGAUAUGGCCUCCAGAACUGCACACAAUACGCAAGAUGAGGCCUAACUAAUGAUCUAUAAAGUGGCAUAAGAACCUUACUACUUCUGCUGCAAAUACCUCUACCAAUACAUCCAAGCAUUCUGCUAGCCUUACUCGCUGCAUUACUACAUUGUUUACUAAGUUUUAAAUCAUCUGAAAUAAUAAUUCCCAAGUCCUGUUCCUCGUCUGUAACAGUCAGUAAAGUGUCAUUGAGUCUGUAAUUAACAUUUGGAUAUUUUCUACUUCAUGACUGAAAGUCCCCUUUAUUUGUUGCACUGGUAAAUCCUAGCAUUUCAGAAACUCUAGGAUUUACUAUCACUUUAAGCUGUCUCCUGAAAAUGGUCUUCAUAGGUUGCAGCCAAGCUUGUCAGUAACAUCAUGAUUAUAAAGAAUAUAAUAAAUACAAUGUGCAAUAACAAAUUUGGGCUCACUGCAUUGUAGCCUUUUUUUCUUUCUUUUUUUGGUAGCAAAAAGCAAAACUAUUAGUAAUAUGGAGUAAAUGCUUAUAGACACUAAGGACUCGUUUCCAUUGAGGUGGUAAAGUUUGGAAACUGGUGAUAAAAACAUUUAUCUCCAUUAAAGUCUGUGGAGAAUUUUUAUGUUACCACCAGUUUCCAAACUUUACAAACUCAAUGGAAGCUAAGCCUGAGUUGCCAAACAAGGAUAAAUACUUUUGUUUGAAAAUAAAUCCGAACAGGGUAUUCAACAGUUCGUUUCCUGGAAGGUUCAUAGAUACUGUAUAUCAGCACUGUAUUGAAAAAUGUCUUGUCCUGUUGUGCAAAAAAUAAAUUAUAUUUCUGCAGACUUACAGUAAUAUUUGAAAUUGUAUGAAAAGUGAGUUCUGUAAACAUAUUCCACACUAGAAUAAAUGCAUUUUUAUUAUAUACAUUG